CAUACCUCUUUCAGCCAUAACAUGAGGCAUGCGCUUUUGGUGCUCGCAGUGCCUCUGCUUCUUCAACUCAGCGACAGUGAACGAUCCCAGGAGCGAAGUUUCAUGAUCUCUGGAAUGUGGAAGUUGAGUCACAUCUUCCUAUCCGAGGAGCGUGGGUCACGCACCGCUGGGCACAUAAAAGACCAGGAUACGCAAACACCGUCUACAGCACUGAACGAGCUCCCCAAAUCUGCACUAGACUUCGACUCAGCCCAGAAACGCUAUGAGCGAUCCCACCCUAUAUCUACGCAACUUCACGCAAGACAGAACGUCGCCGAUCCUACGAUUCAUACUCUCCGGAUCUCCUGUCAAUCCAAGCGACCCCAACUCUGUCCUCCACUGGCGCAUUUACUGUGUCACCGACAAGUCACGCUCCAUCAAGUUUGACAUGAUGCCGGGUGCCGACGCACGCACUGGCUACCUUAGUGUCACGUCCUGUGGUUAUGAGGAGUCCAGGAGCAGGACCGCAGGCUUCACCGUGGCUGCCGCUGUCAGCGUGAAGUCGCAGGAUCUUCUCACCUUCUUGUGUCAGCCGCCGCGCUGUCGCAAUCGGUACGUUUACAGCAGCGACGGCGCCGGCUGUCGCUUCUGGUGCUGCACGGUGCUGCAGGAUCUCGAGGGUGCAGGCAUCGUCCCAUCCAACACUGUUAAAGACUUCGACGCAUACAUCCAGCAGAUGAACAGGCAGAAUCCCGCUGCUUUUCCUCUUCCGGCUGCACAAGGCCGCUUCUACUGAUGCUAGGACGCGUAUGAAGGCAGUUGCAGUCCGGAAUAGAUCUGUUGUACAUGUUAUCAUGAACCACCACAGUGGUUUAGCAGUAGUCGUGCGAAGUGUAGCGGUUGAACGCAGCGGCAUCGAAAGGCGGCACUCGAGUUGAAUGUUUUGUGCGAUCAAUAGCUCAUCUAUGAGAUCGUUGAUGUGGUACAAAGUCUACGAGA